GUACAGAGGGUAAACUCUACAGAGGAGAUGGCCUCGGCCACCUCUGCCCACAUGACGCCUCAAGCACGAUACAAAGCUAAUGAAUCAUGAACACAUCUGUGACUGUCAAUAUUUGAUCUGUCAGUGCCCUGCCUACAAACGCUUUGCUGUAAAGAUUCGCCAAUAUAUCUUGGAUUGAUUGUAUUGUUCAUAAUGCUGCAGCUGUAUUUCCUUUCAAGCCAAAGGAGUCUCAGAAGUUCACUGUAUUACAUAAUAUGUAGCCUAUGGCCUCCUUCUCUGAUGCUCAUGUUGCAGGCAUAACAACCGUGAAAUAACAACACGAACAAAAAUGUGAUACAGAAAACACGUCAUCAGCAGUAUGAAAGCAAAUUGAGAAAGCAGUUUGAAUACAAAUCAAAUGAAAAAUGGAUUACUUCACAAAUGGAUUGGGUUGCUGCCGGUGUCUUUCCUUAAACCCGAUCACCCCCUUAGGGUGUGUGUGUGAUGUUGCAUAUCCUCAAAUAUAGCCUAAAUAAAUUAAUGAAUGGCUGGAUAAAUGAAUAAAUACAUGAAUCGCAAUAAAGACAACAUUGUUAUAAUAAUGUAUAGAUAAUGGAUUGUCUAUAGGCUAGCAUUUUAGUAAUACUUAACACUCAAUCUAACUGAUAAAUUAGUGUUGUGGUCAGAUUCAGUUUUGUGAUGACUCUUUAAUCUGACGACUACACAUGGUCAAAUGCUCUAUAUUUAAUGCAUUAUGCGACUGUGCAACAAUGUCAAUGGCUGACUGUCGAUUCCCUUUUGGUGCUACUAGUGCAAUUUAACCAGUGUAAUUAAAAUUACAAUUGUUGGAGCCAAAAUAUGAUUUCUUUGUUUUGAUUGUUGAUAGUGUCGGUAUGACUGUGUGGGUGUGGCUUUAGGAGCCACGGGGUUGCCCACUGUCGGGAGUGGACUGCAUAUAUACUGGCUAAUGAAUGAAUGAAUACAGGUGUGCAGUUUGGAGAAUGAAGCCAAACAGUUUUCGACCGUGCUCAAACGCCGUGUCAAGCAGAUGAAUGUUGUCAGGUUGUACAAUAUUGGUUUAUUGGAGACUUAACGUUGACUGAAUGAUAACUUACCUGCAAUGCUAUCAAUAAAUGAAACAUCAGUAAAAACGACCAGAGACACUGUUUUAAUUUGAAGCCGCACAUGUCAGACUAAAGGACACCAACUGUCACCUCAGUGACUACAGGUAAAGUCACUACAAAAGUCGAAAACUGGCUUAUUGUUGAGAACACGAACUAUUAAGUUGAAAGCCAGGAAGAGGAUCAACGUUGGACGUUUCAGGCUCCAGAAACUGCUGAUCGCUGAGGACAUCGCUGGAUUUAUUAUCCUACAGAACAACUGCCGAUCGCUGAGGACAUCGCUGGAUUUAUUGUCCUAUUGAACAGUUGCUGAUCACUGAGGACAUCGCUGGAUUUAUUGUCCUACAGAACAACUGCUGAUCACUGAGGACAUCGUUGGAUCGGAGCAAUUGGGAGCCGCGUUGUGUAGCGGGAUGUGAGGACGACGCUGCUCGGCCUGCUGUUUACUUCAGACAAGCGGCACAUACAGCGUAUGGACAACAGCGGGAUGCAAAGGGACAGUAUCUGUUUGACCUCAUCUGCCACCACCUCAACUUACUGGAGAAAGACUAUUUUGGCAUCAGAUAUGUGGACCCGGACAAGCAGCGGCACUGGUUGGAGUUCACAAAAUCAAUUGCAAAGCAGAUGAAAUCUCAGCCUCCAUUCACUAUGUGUCUGAGAGUCAAGUUCUAUCCUCCUGAUCCUGCUUCUCUAAAGGAGGAAAUCACUCGGUAUCUUGUCUUCCUGCAAAUCAAGAGAGACCUGUACCACGGUCGGCUCCUGUGUAAAACCUCGGAUGCGGCCAUGCUCGCUGCCUACAUCCUUCAAGCUGAGAUUGGCGAUUACGACCCUGGGAAGCAUCCUGAAGGUUACAGCUCCAAAUUCCAGUUUUUCCCCAAACAUUCAGAGAAACUGGAGCGACGGAUUGCAGACAUACACAAGACAGAGCUGAUUGGACAGACACCUGAAACAUCAGAGCGAAAUUUCCUGCAGAAAGCCCAGAUGCUGGAGACAUAUGGUGUUGAUCCGCAUCCAUGCAAGGAUGUGUCUGGGAAUCCAGCAUUUCUCGCCUUCACACCAUUUGGUUUUGUGGUGCUUCAGGGAAACAAGAGAGUUCAUUUUCUCCAAUGGAAUGAGGUGACCAAACUCAAGUUCGAAGGCAAGACUUUCCACAUAUAUGCAAAUCAGAAGGAGGACAAAAAGAUCAUCUUGACGUACUUUGCGCCCACACCGGAGGCAUGCAAGCACCUUUGGAAGUGUGGAGUGGAGAAUCAAGCUUUCUACAAGCUUGAGAAGUCGAGUCAGGUUCGCACAGUGUCCAGCAGCAACCUGUUCUUCAAGGGCAGCCGUUUCCGCUACAGUGGACGAGUGGCAAAAGAGGUGAUGGAGCAGAGUGCCAAAAUCAAACGCGAACCUCCAGAAAUACACAGGGCUGGACUUGUGCCCAGCAGAAGUUGUCCAUCCAUCACCCACGGGCCUCGGCUCAGCAGUGUACCGCGCACGCGUCGGAGAGCUGUGCACAUAUCUAUCAUGGAGGGUCUGGAGUCGUUGCGUGACAGUGCCCACUCUACACCGGUGCGUUCAGUGUCCCAUGGGGAGUCCUUCAUACCCCGGUCCCGGAGCCAGGCCACCGACGCCAGCGAGGGGAUGGCGGUAAUAUCAGACGAGGCUUACAGCCCCUCUGACAGCGUCCUGCCCACCCCGGUGGCCGAGCACAGCAUGGAGCUGGCCGUCUCGCGCCAAAUCAACGGGGCGCCCUGCAGCAUUGAGGAGGAGAAGGAGUCUGAGGCGGGCACCCCAUCGCACGGGGAAGGGGGUGAUUUUGGUGCGGACGGUAGAUCUGCACAGGAGGGCGCUGGGGGGGACUCGGCCCUCAGCGAGGUAGAACAGGUGAAUAAGUUUGUCUUAAGUGUCCUCCGUUUGCUCCUUGUGACCAUUGGACUCCUCUUUGUCUUGCUCCUCCUCCUCAUCAUCCUCACCGAGUCAGACCUUGACAUUGCAUUUUUAAGUGAUAUCCGCCAGACCCCCGAAUUUGAGCAGUUCCAUUACGAAUACUUUUGUCCCCUCAGGCGGUGGUUUGCCUGCAAGCUCCGCUGGGUGGGCGGGUUGCUCAUUAACAAGUGAGAGUGAGGUCGUAGAGUCCGUAAACCCGUUCGGGGGUCUGAGAAGACGGUUAGGACUCCGGAGUGAUGGAGGGCAGCCUCGUCCCAACCAUGAACCCUGCUUCUCUCAUCCUCCUCCUGCAGACAUACAGCUUGGACCACUCCUGGUAACACCAGGCCAGGAUCUCUCUCCCCCUUCCUCCUCCACUUUGAGUUGCCCUCCCACCCGACCACCUCCUCCUCGUUUCGCUUCCGUUCGUUUUUUUCUCUUUUCUUUUUUAUUUUCUACAAAUCCAGGACACGUUUUUUCCUUCUUUUUUUUUUUUAAUUUCAAGCCAUUUCAGGUAUUUUAUUUUUUCAAAUAACACAAAGGAAAAAAAAUGUAACUGAAAAUCAAAGAACUAAAGAAUUUUAAACAAUUCCUUUUACAGGAACGGAAGAUUCUCUUGCAACGGAUGAGCGUUGCCUUCAUUUAUUAUUUAUUGCUUUUAAACACGGAUUUGCAUAAGAAAAGGAGACGAGAGAACGAGUGGUAAUCAGGGAAGUUGAUUUGUCAUUAAAAGAUGGAAGUGAGUCACGUUAGUCAAAAAGGCCUCCUGCUGUGAAGUAAAUGUGAGUCAAAGUGAUGGAAUAUCUUUUGAUAUUAAUUCAUCCUCAUCUGAAGUCAACUAGACAAACAGCAGAUUAACCUCAUUAGAAAAAAGAGAAGAGUCUGAGGGGAAUAAUAAGUGAAGGUUGAUGGAACAGAGAACAGACAGGGUGAUUACCAAAUGCCUUUUUUGAUUAAAUAUUGAAGACUGUUGGCAGUUUAGAGUUCAGUGGAUUGUUUAAGACACAGUUAGGCUUUAGUAUACGAUGGUAUACAGUCAACUGAUGAAGAUCAAAAUUGAUUUUCUAACGUUUUUUAAGGAUACAGUAAAUUAAAUCAGUACCAGUAGUGUCAUGUGACCCAGUAGUGUCAGUUAGAGAAAUACUCAUGAUGAGCAAAGAUUCACUGGCACCAAUAGAUUAUAGUCUAGAUAGACGUGCAAUGCUGAUAUGGUUUUAAUAAUUAAGUACUUUGAAUGUGCUCCUUUGUUCUGUUAUUUCUCCAGUUAAUUUGAUUAUUUUUUCAUCAACUUGAAAUUCGAUGAAUUUCAACUAUUUCUUUCUAUGAAGAGUUUAUGAUUUAUUUUGGUUUCAUAUCAACCUUGCUCUUAGGUUCAUGUAUCAUACUAUAUUACUAUUAUUGUUAGAAUAAGAGUAAUGAUGUACUUUUUGUACAAAUUAGUUUGUUUCCUAAUAUAUAUUGACAGGUUUUCCAUGUAUAUUUUAACAGAACUGAAAUGUUAUUUUGUUAUUGAAGAUUAAAUUAUACCUUUUUUAGCGCUGUGUUUCAAGUAAGGUCAGAAGCAUUUAUGGCAAAGUGGAAGGGGGUCGGAAACAAAACAAAACAAAUUAAAAAAAACAGGGCUUUUAUCCAGAUCCACUAAACACUGAUCACACCUCUCAUCUCUCCACCAGCAGUGAAUCAGCCUUUAGCAGUGUGUGUGCAAUUUUAAGGAUCAUUUUGAAUAUGCAUUUGUAUCGAAUACAAUCUGGAUUUAUCAUUUGUAUUACUGCAAAUACCUAAUAAUCCAAAAACACAUUUUCAGCUUUCAUACCUUUGUCAUAUCUUAUUUUACUUGAAGAGUUUGGAGAGGUGACUGUGAGCCUGACCGACUGGAUCUGCACUGAAAACAAAAUGCUUGACUCAUUAGCGUUUAAAUUAAUUUGGAGAACAUAUAAAGCUAAACUGAGGCUGAAACGGCUGUUUGGUGUAAAAUACCAAACGAUUUCUGGGUUCAGCUGUACCAGUUGAAGCAUUUUCUGUUGUCUGCAUUAUAAAUUUCACAUCUUUGGAUUUUUGACUGCUGGUCGACAGAAAAGAAAAGAUUAAAAAAUGUUUUUGAUUAUGUCAUAUUGAGGAGUGACAACUUACAAUUGAAUCCUCUAGAGAAAAUAGGCAGCUUAACCAGCAAAAUUAAUAGUAAGUUGCAGCACGAAACAAAACAUUUUGUAAAUAAUAAAUUAAAGGUUAACUACCGAAACAUAUAUUUUUGGUAGCGACUGCUAGGCAAACUAUAGCAUGUAUGUAAUUUUUCCUUCUGCUCUUUUUACUUGCUUUCCUUCUUUAAUUUUAAUAUAUAUAUAUAUUAUCAAAUGACAUCUGCCCCUUGAUAUUUCGGUCAGGCUCUAGACUCUUCUGCCUCUCAGCUCCAGGGAGCAAUAACUGUCACGGCUGCUGGAUUCUGGUUAAAGUCUGUUUUUUGUAUUGCGUGUCUACCUCCUGUACCAGGUGCAGGUGUAAGUGUUAGCAUGUCUGUAUGUAGGAAACAGAAACAAGAUUCAAGAUGAUAGCGGUGGAGGUUUUUUAGACAGUAAAGGCAAGAGGGAUGUUAGAUGGAGGAAAAAGGCAUAAGUGAAAGAGGUCGAGAGCAAAAUGAGAGGUCUGCUUCUUUGAAAGUAGGCUUUAAAAUACUAAAUGGGACUGGAAGGCGAUUGUUGACAUCAAUCUAAUGGCUGUACAGGGUUAAUUUUCUUUUAUUUUUGCCCCCUCGCCCUCUGCAGCUGCUCCACUGAAAGCCCAAUGGUGCUACUUUCUUUGUUUGCUCCUGUGUAAAUCAAGCGUAACAGCCCUCGGCUGAGUUGUAGUCCUGACCACAGAGUAGCAUGCACUUUGGCGUUGUGGCUGGAUCCACUUCUGUAGCUCAUUACGUUUCACAAACCGUAGUUCUCUCUGGUGAAGGCAGCAGCAAAGACAUUUCCCAACACAAUGCAGGACAUAUCAAAUCUUUAGAGCUACGCUGGCAAGCAACGUGUCAUACAUAAAAUGUGAGAGCUUAUUUAUGUCAAGAUAAUAGUUUUUUAACUGGGAUGCAAAGGUGAAGCACAUUUUUUCCUAACAGCUGGUGGAGCAGGGUGGUGGGUGGGUGGAUUUUUUUUUGUGUACAUUCAUUCAUUUUUCUUACUUCUACGCUGAGGUCAAUAUGAGCCAUCCCGUCCAGCCAGGCUGAGUUGUUAGACAUCUUUUAAAAGUCUGUCUGCAAAGGUGUUUCUCUCACAUCGAUCAGCAUUAUGUAGCUUCAGUGGUCUCUCUGAACAUGCAACAAUGAAGAAAAGGCAGCAUUAUUCAAGGAGCAAUAACCAGCUGUAAGAGCAAAAAGAUGUGAUUUACAAACUUAUGUAUAAAAAUCCAAUGAGGAAUAAUGUUUGUCAACAAAAUGUCCUGUUUCUAGAAAAAAAAAACUUACCAAAUUGCUGUUGUGCCGACUCUAACAAUGGUGUGACCACAGAGACACUUAGUUACCGUUGCAUUCAGUAGUAACAUUUUAUAAAAAUCCAUUUUUCUGUAGAGACCUCUUGUGUGGACGUUUGUUCUGCUGUUUUCUUUGCUGUUUCAUUGUUAAGUGACAGUGAGUUCCCUGUGCCUGGAUCCUCACUCUGCAGUUUACCAAAGUGGCAAAGAUGAAGGAAUGGAGACAGAAAGAUCAACCACAGACUUUUAUAUCCUUAAAUCUCCCAAGCCAAGAGGGAAAAUGUGUUGAUCUCUGUCUGAAACUGUUUAUGUUCACCGGGCAGCCCAAAAUCUUUCUUUGCAGGCAUGUUUCCUGUGACAAACCUGACUUUGCAUCUACAUUUCAGUUGCUGGUUUCAUGUUUACAUAUUCUUUUACUUCAUGGGAGAUGGUUAUAGGUUGGCUAGAUGUGUGACUACUGUUGAUGUAGUUUGUGAUCCCUGAUUUACAAAGGAAAUCAGAUCACCUGUACUUGAAGAAGUAUAUCUAUUCAAACAAUAUGCGGUGCACUGGAAGAUAAAAUAAGAAUUUUAGUCUUUAAGAUACUGGAGAUGGGGACAGACGUAAUAACAGAAACACAUGCAUGGUUUAAUGUAAUUCCAUACAAUACCCAAGCAACUUACAUUUUCUGUCAAUCUUAGGAUGAAUUCUUAUUAAGACUGCAUCAAAAAGAUGUUUGGGAGGUCAAAGUUUGUGGUGUUACUUUACUGAAAUGUCUGUUAUUUUGUCUACUCCCAGUAUUUUUCUACAUAUUUCUGUAAUCGUCACAUCCCUAAAACAAAAUAGUUUCACACAUAUAAUCAGGAUUUCAGUUUCAAAGAAUGUCCACAGUGGUUCUUAAAACAUCAUUCUUAAGGUUUUUGUUGAUAUUUACCUGAUAAAAAGGAUUUAUGUAAUCAAUUUACAUGACCAAAAUCAAUUGGCAAUCGAAUUUUCAUUCCUGGCCAAAGUCCCCGUCACGUUAUUGUGGAUGACGCUUGUUGCAUCGAGGGGUUGAAAUUGGUCACAACUGAAAACAUGUCGCUCUGCUUUUUGCCCCCUCUGCUAGCUCCCAGUAGACAGACCCUCACACAACCGUGCAUACACGUAAAUAAGUGUUUAUGCAUAUCCAUGUCUGGUGGUGUGUUCUGUAGUCUGCCUCCUUCUAUCCUCGGAUUGGAGAUUGCUGUUUAAUUGCGUUAAAUAUACAAGUAUAUAUAUAUAAAAAUCCAUGUGCCAAAUCCAGUUCUUGUUCAGUCCGAUCCAUUCCGAACCCAUGUUUGUACUGUAGGUAAUCUUCUGUACAAGUCAGUAUAAAAUAUUGUUUCUCUCCAAUAGUCCCUUGUAACUGGUGCCAUUAAAUAAAACUAUUCAAACUUGAAAUAAACAUUAAAUAAAAAUGUG